AGCAGCCGACGGCGCCCUUCCAUCCAAAGCCCAUCUUCGCAUCCAUGCAGGCUCGAUCACUCUCCCUUCACCCACACCUUCCCUCGCCGGCGUUCAGCCGGAAUCCGGCCAGUCGUGUCGCACCCCGGCGAUGCCGCCCGGUAUCCGCUAUCGCCGCGGCGCCGCUGCGGCGCAGCGGGACGCAUUCGAUGCCGCCGGAGAAGGUGGAGGUGUUCAAGUCCCUGGAGGAAUGGGCCUCCGACGCCUUGCUGCCGCUCCUGAAGCCGGUGGAGCAAAGCUGGCAGCCCACGGACUUCCUGCCGGAUUCGUCGAAGCCCAGCGACGAAUUCGUGGAGGAGGUUCGGGCCUUGCGGGCCCGGACGGCCCAACUCCCCGACGACUACUUCGUCGUGCUUGUCGGCGACAUGAUUACCGAGGAGGCGCUGCCGACGUACCAGACGAUGAUCAACACCCUCGACGGCGUCCGCGACGAGACCGGCGCGAGCUCGAGCCCGUGGGCCGUGUGGACUCGGUCGUGGACCGCCGAGGAGCAUCGGCACGGCGAUCUCCUGGGGAAGUAUCUCUACUUGUCAGGGCGGGUGGACAUGAAGAUGAUCGAGAAGACCGUGCAGUACCUCAUCGGCUCCGGAAUGGACCCGGGAACGGAGAACAACCCGUACCUCGGGUACGUGUACACAUCCUUCCAGGAGCGCGCCACCUUCAUCUCCCACGGCAACACCGCCCGGCAGGCCAAGGAGCAAGGAGACCCGGUCCUGGCCCGCAUCUGCGGCACCAUAGCCGCCGAUGAGAAGCGGCACGAGACCGCCUACGCUCGCGUGGUCGAGCAGCUCCUGCGGCUGGACCCGGACGGCGCCGUGCUCGGCAUCGCCGACAUGAUGAGGAAGAAGAUCACGAUGCCGGCCCACCUCAUGCAGGACGGCCGGGACCCCCGGCUCUUCGACCACUUCUCCGCCGUCGCCCAGCGCCUCGGCGUCUACACCGUCAGUGACUACGCCGGCAUCGUGGAGUUCUUGGUGGAGCGGUGGGGGCUGGAGAGGUUGGAGCAGGGGCUCAGUGGGGAGGGGAGAAGGGCGAGGGACUUCGUGUGUGGAUUGGGGCAGAGGAUGAGGAGGCUCCAGGAGCGGGCGGAGGAGCGGGCGGCGAAGGUGGAGCCGAGGAAGGUCCGGUUCAGCUGGGUGUUCGACCGGGAGGUCUCGGUGUAAGGAAUAUAGUUGAAAUGCUUGGAUGUCAUGGAAGGAUGGAUGAAUGCGCUUCAAAUUUUUGGUUUUUUUUUUUUUUUUUUACUCUUUCUUAUAGGUUGGAAUUUUGGAUUGGGUCUCUGCUAGUGUUUGUUUACUUUGGUUAUAGUCUUAUAGAUCAUAGAUUGAACUGUUUUGUGAGCAUUUGUUAAAACCGUUUCAUGUAGAAAUAGUGUGGGUUUUGCAUGCGUUUUUUUCCAAGGAACAAAGAAAUGUAGGAAAUUUGGUUGAGUUGGAUCUGGAUCAAACAUUUCGGUAUAGCUGCAAAACUGUGCUUAUAAUGGUUUGGGGUGUCUCUGUGACACAGUGUGGAUUAGUUACAGCAUUUGGGAGAAAGUUACCAGGAGUUGAGUAUAAAGUAAACAGGAAAAAUACAGAAAAUUUGAUGCAACAUUGUAACCCCACAGUUAUUAUUAUUAUAUCUCCAUGCUUUCAUUCUUAGCAUA